AUGAGAUUGUUGGUUCAUAAUUUACUGAUGUGUAAUAAGUGUGAUAAGAACAAUUAUCCACUUAAAAUAGAAGUGAAUAAGAGUGUUAUUAUGGAAUUAGAGUUCAAAAAAGAUGCAAUUUUAAAGUUAAUUCCAAAGCUGAUUUUGAGGUAUUAUCUAAUACAGUCAGAGAACUUGGAUUCAAAUAAUUCCCUAAACAGAUUCCUGCCAAUGCGGAACAAGACUUAGGCUUCUUAAAAGACUUGCACAGAGUUUUAUUUGAGACUCACAUAAUGGAUGGCCAAUUGACUUGCCCCAAUCCAUCGUGCAAAAGAAAUUAUCCCAUCACAAAUGGAAUUCCUAAUAUGA